AUCGUGGUUGGUGGCGAGGAACUUGUAUCCUCGAUGAUUUUCAACACGGAGCCCAUUGCCUGGUAUUGAUUGUUGGACAACGAACAUUGAAAACUACCCUUUGAGCAGUGUUAGGUGGCAGUCCCACACAUCGAGCCCCAUCUGGCUUCGAAACAGAGCAGCGCAUCUUUAUCAGCCACCGUCCGUCUCCUCCCCGGCAAGCAGCAUCUUUUCUUCCAGUCAAAGCGAUACUUCAGCAUAAUCAAUAUGGUCGAGCGUGAGCAGAAAAAGUCGAUAGUGAUCGUUGGCGGCGGUAUCAUCGGCUGCACGACUGCCUAUUUCCUCACCCGGCAUCCUAAAUACAAUCCCGACUUGCACUCGAUCCACCUUCUCGAGGCUACAGGGAUCGCCAGUGGUGCGUCGGGGAAGGCUGGUGGCUUGCUGGCUCUGUGGGCGUAUCCAUCGUGCCUGGUGCCGCUCAGUUUCAGAUUACAUGCCGAACUCGCGAAGGAACACGGGGGUGAGCAGAGAUGGGGCUAUAGGGGAGUGGGUGUUGGCCAGGCCGAGUUGAAAGGGCGGCAUGUCAGUAGCCAGGCGAGGGUGAUGUCCCAGCAUGGCCCUGUGGAUGGCGAAGCAAGCGGAAGUGGAACAGGCAAAGGCGAGGAUAUCAGAGGAGUGCACCGCCCCGAUGUCGCUAGCGAUGGCAACGUCGAUCCAACGCGUGUCAGUCUGCAGAAACGAAGCAAAGAAUCAUACAACAAUCUACGAAGCAUGGGACUGCCGGAUGAUCUUGACUGGCUGGCCGAAGAGUGUCUCAUGGGGUACGACUCGAUGGGCUCGCCCAGGGACAGCGCGCAGGUCCAUCCUUACCAGUUCACCACGUCGAUGGCGAAGCUUGCAGAAGAAAAGGGUGCAAGCGUCAUUCUGGGCAGUGUCAGCAAGAUCGAGUCUAAAGAAGAAGACAUGCACACAGUCAGAUAUACCGACUCCUCAACAAACGAAUCCAAAUCCCUCCUCGCCACAGAUGUCAUCAUCACCGCCGGGCCGUGGACGAAGACUGUCUGGCCGGGGUCUCCAAUCAGCGCAUUGCGCGCUCAUAGCGUGACCAUCCGCCCUUCAAGGCCGGUCAGCGCAUACUGUCUCUUCACGUCGCUCUCGCUGCCCAAGAACUUCAAGGAAGGCACAAAAUCCCGCGCAAACCACGUCACGCCGGAGAUCUACGCGCGGCCGAACAACGAAGUCUACGCGUGCGGCGAGGGCGAUCACCUCGUGCCCUUGCCCAAGUCUACCGCUGAUGUCCAGGUAGAUGACAGCCGGUGUCAGGAUAUCGUGGACUACUGCGCGAGUGUCUCCGACGAGAUGCGCGAUGGCACCGUCCUGGUCAGACAGGCCUGUUACUUGCCGCAGGUAGAGACGGGCGGCGGCCCCUUGGUGGGCUUGACCGGGGUGAAGGGUGUGCACAUGGCCGCGGGACACACUUGUUGGGGAAUACAGAAUGGGCCCGCCACGGGGAAGUUGAUGAGUGAGUUUGUGUUUGAUGGGAAGGCGGUCAGCGCCAAUGUCAGUAGUCUGGACCCCAGGAGAGUACUGAGAUGAAGCGAUGGAGAGGUCGUCGGAGAGGUGUGUAUAGGAUAAACAGUUAGAAGCAGGCGUGCCGCAAACACCAAUGGGAGCCAUGCCAAGCCCUG